AUGGAAAAAUACGACGAGAAGAAAUCGCAAAUGCUCCAAUACAAAAUCUUCCGUGGUCAUUUCCACGGCACUGUUGGUACUUCUACCGUUGAAGUGGACCAGCGUUACAGUAAAAUUGGUCACGGAAAAUCUGGAACCGGCAUAGAGAGUUGA